AUGGGAAGGCUAGACGGCAAAGUCAUGAUUGUGACGGGGUCAGGAUCGGGGUUUGGCAGGGGAAUCGUCCAAAAAGCCCUCUCUGAAGGCGCCCUUGUCCUCGGCAUCGACAUCAACCAGCCCGGCAACAACGCGACUCUCAACUCCCUUCCCACCAACCUCUCACCAAAUUUUUGCCCAUUCACAGGAAGCGUCUCGCACGAACAGACAUGGCACGACGCCCUCCAUUUGUCUCGCGAGAAAUUCUCCGCCCUGCCCGACACGGUGGUCAACUGCGCGGGCUACGUGCACCUGGGCGCCGACGCGCACGCCGUGCCCGAGGACGACUUUGACCGCGUCUGGCAGGUCAAUGUGAAGCCGCUGUACCUGACGGUGAAGGUGGUGGUGCCGUGCUGGAUCGCCGGCAAAGUGGCGGGCCAUGUCAUCAACAUUGGGAGUAUUGGGUCGAGGAGGCCGAGGGCCAGCACCAUCUGGUACACGGCGAGUAAGGGCGCUUUGGAUACGGCAACCGAGGGUCUCGCCGGCGCGUAUGCCAAAGACCGAAUCCGCUUUAAUAUCGUGAGACCGUCGUUUGGGAACACACCCAUGGCCCCCCGCGUCCUCGGAAAAGUCGACUCUGCCUUCACAGAAGAGGACGAAGAAGGACGAGCCAAACGCCUCGCGACCCUCCCGCUCGGCCGGCUCUGCGAACCCGAAGACGUCGCCAACAUGACGGCUUUUUUGGCCUCGGAUGAAGCGAGAUAUAUCACGUACGUUGUGUUCUCUCCUCCUAGGCCCUCCAUCUUCCUCUCUCGCCUGAAAAAGGAUAAACAUGGUCACAACCGAUGA